CACUCGCUGCAUGAAUGAGCGCGCGGGAGACACCGAGCACAGCUGCAAGAGCACGCACAGCCGAUCAGAUGAGAUGUCGAUUUAGAUCACUAUCUUACGCUAAAAGUUGUACACUACUUUGAAGAAGGCGAUUAUCAGAAGUUUUGUGGCGAACGUCAUCUGGACACUAUGCACUGUCAAGCCGAGCUGAGAGUCGCGAGCAGCGCGCAGCUGAAAGCCGCCAGAAGACGAUACAAGACUUUCAUGAUCGACGAGAUCCUCUCCAAGGAAACUUGUGAUUACUUCGAGAAACUUUCUCUUUACUCGGUUUGCCCCUCUUUAAUCGUCAGACCCAAACCUCUGCAUUCAUGCUCGGCAGGCUCUGCUCCUCUGAGAUCGUACCCUCUCCUGUCUGUGAUCACACACCAGCCGCCCAGCAGCCUCCCGCAGAUCUCUCAGCCGUCUCCUCACCUGACCCUUCUGUCACCCCAACACCCGCUGAGCUCCGAGCCCACGGCCAGCGAGACGCCCGUCAGCAUCAGCAGCGAAUCAGAGACGGAGCACAGCACCCCGCGGCUGAAGAAACCCCGCCGCAGCCGCACCAUCUUCACCGAGCUGCAGCUGCUGGGCCUGGAGAAGAAGUUCCAGAAACAGAAAUAUCUCUCCACUCCAGACAGAUUGGACCUGGCUCAGACUCUGGGACUCACACAGCUCCAGGUGAAGACAUGGUACCAGAACAGACGCAUGAAAUGGAAGAAAAUGGUGCUAAAAGGAGGACACGAGGCUCCUACCAAGCCCAAAGGCCGACCAAAGAAGAACUCCAUCCCAACCACAGAGGAGAUCGAGGCCCAGGAACGGCUUGCGGCCAAACUAGUGGAGGAGGAGAGGCUACGAGCCGGAGCGGAAGAUGAGGUCUUCCAAUCCCAACCUCAAGAUCUCAGUACGUCCGCUACAUCCGAGUCUGUCUGUCCAGAAAUCCCGGAGCAAGAACAAGCCCCUCCAUCUCCAUCAGAAGCAAUGACGACCAGCUAAACGCAGCCGUGCUGACGCACAACCAAAGACAGCUACUGAAAGACUUUGAUGCUCUCUGGACUUGAGAAGUUGAAUGGCUUCCCAAACCUGAUUUUGAGUUGACGGUGGCCUCCCAAAUGCGGUACUUUAGACAUGCAAAAAUGUGUGAAUGUCAUUGCAAAACAACAAAACAUUCAACCAAGUGGCUUGUAUAACCAAAACCGAUAGAAUAAGCACACUUCUCGAUGAAACUUUUUUUUGGUAUACAACUGGACACGUAUAAGUAUUUGGACGCAUUCUGGUUGACAGACUGUGGAUCAUGUUCAUACCUAGUUAACAAAAAUAUGUUCUAACAAUGUUUUAAUAACGUUCCCAUUAAGUUAUGCAAACAUUAUUUCUCAAUGUUCUCUGAAUGUUUUUUUUGUUUUUUUUUUUAAAACAUGUCCUUGAUUGAUUGAAUGUUAAGAGAACAAUCCAUUUGAUCAUUUAGCAGACAUUUGGGGAAUUUUACUUUUGAAUGUUCUCUGAACAUUCUGAAAAUAGUAGUAACAUUUAAAAAAACAAAACAAAUGUUAGACAAUGUCCAACUAAAACUUUUCAGAAAACAGUUCCAUAAACAACGUAAAGAUGUGUUGUGCUAUCAUUUCAAGAGCAUAAUUAAUGGGAUAAUUCACCCAAAAAUGUUAACUUCUUUCUUCACUGACUCAUUAUCAUGUCGUGUUUUUCUCUCUUCUGCUGAACACAAAAUAGCCUAUUUUAAAGAACUUUGAUAACCAUUGAUUUGUAUAGUAUUAUUUAUCUUUCAUUCUAUGGAGGUCAAUGCGUUUUCCUUUUAGGAGGCCUGAAAAAAAAAAAAAACAUACAAAAAAAAAAAAAAACGUGAAUUUUUGAAAAUAUAAAUUUUAGUGUAUUACGUUUAGUCUAUAGGUAUAUGUGCACAGACGCAAACUUUACAAAGUGACAUCGCCAACUACUGGUCUGGUCUGUAUUUAAACAGUAUUUUUUGUUGUUUCACGUAUUCACAUGAACAAAGAUCUUUUCGAUAAUGUUGUCAUCUGUAUGCAAUACUUUUCAAAAACACAAAGCGAAAAGGUUUCAGUUUUAGUUCGUCGUUGUCAUGUAAACAUACCCUCAUACAGGUUUGAAAAACUUUGCGGUUGAGUAAAUGAUGACAGAAUUUUGGGUGAAUUAUCCUGUAAAAGGCUAGAUAACUUUAAACAAAUGUUCAGUUAACAUUACUAGAAGAACAUUGAGAAAGUUCUCUGUUAGCUGGAGCGUGGACUUCAUAAAGUCACUAAAAAUUAAUUUGAACCCAUUUGCAAAUUUGAUAUAAUGCAGGCAUUUUAGAUUAUGCCUAAGUGUCCAGUUACUUUCCACUAUAUAUGGUGAUGCAGUGAUCUACAUUGCUUUAAAUGUUUCUGUCACACAGCUGCCUCUCUGAAAUGUAUUUUAUAAAAAAUUUCAAGCCAUUUAUAUGCUGCCAGAUCCGCCAACGUAUAAAACCGAAUCACACAGACUGACUUUCUGCAGUACAGCACGUUCUAUGUGGACAAACAGUACGUUUUUUCUGGGUACGUUCCUCUUUUUGCCUGUAAAUAUUAGCGGUUUAAUUGCGCCUGUAGUUUACGGGGCACCUGUGUACUGUUGCUUGGGAUUCUGCGCCAAAACACACAUAUCUGAGAAGCUAAAGUGCCCUUUGAGGUGUUUUUUUUCCCUUUUUUUACACAUCUAUGAAGCUGCUGCCAUUAAAAGUUAAUAGGAUGGGUUAGUAUGAAUACCAGUGUAAACAUGUACAGAGUUCGGGAUUUCGCAUGAGAAAAUGUUGCUCUUUUUAAAGCAGGAUUGUCCAGUUUGGGUAAAGAUUAGCUUUAUCCAUUCAACAUCUCAAUGGAUAAAGAAUUUGUCAGCUUAGUAUAGAAAAAGAACAUCAAUUUUGAGAAAACAUUAAAGGUAGUAUUGAUUUAAGUAAACCUUCCAAAGUGCCCUCUCUCUGCCAAACGACAAUGUGUUUUCUCUGUUCCUGUUUGCAGAGAAAAAUUGUUUCUUUUGUUCGUUUUAUGCUUCGACUUCGUUGUAUUUCAACCGAAUCCUUUCUUCAAAUCACUUUUGUGUGUGUGUAUAACCUUUGCACGGCCGUUUAGCGCUAUUCUUUGAGGCUGAAACACAUGAUAUAUGAACUCCCAGAUGGAUCAUGCUAGCUAUUGUAUGUUUCGUCCCAUUUCAUUCCCUUUGAAUGAAAAAAAACGUUGAGCCCUUUUCCCCCACUGUGGAGCGGCGCAGUAUGACACCACUAAGUGCAUGCUGGUUUUAUUACUGUAAGAAAAACCACUUAAUCUGUCAGGGAUGCAAAGCAAUUAAUAAAUCAAACUCGCACUAGUAAAACCUGCAAAAAAACACAAAAAUCUGUGGGACAUGUCGAAGCCCGCGGGAGCUCUGCACAUGCCUACAGCUGACUGACGGCCCACAAAUACAUCAUCACAGCCUCCUCUAUUCUGCAUGUCAUAAGCUCCGUUCCCAACCGUUGUUGCCUUUUGCGAAGAUUUUAUUUUGUAUAGUUGUUUUUUUCUUUCUUUUUCUUUUUGGCUAACAACAAAUAUUGCAAAUAUAUUCCUUCUUUGAUAUAAAAAAACACUAUUUUUCUGGUGUACAUACUGAAUUUUAUUGGGUGAGUAGUUAUUUUGUAUUCUUUUUUUUUUAGGAGAGGACUAUAUAGAUAGAUAUUUGACGAGAAUAUCUUUUUCACCCAAACAUUCUGUAAUUUUUAUUGUAUGUGUGUGUGUUUGCAUAUUUAAUAACAAUGAAUAAAGAUGCCAUUAAUUUUGGAGGUCUGAUAUCAUGAUUUUAGUUUACUUUGCAACAGUUUUCAACUAAAAUUGAUAUCAAAUUGAAAAUAAAUAAAUAAAUACAAAGAAAUGGCAAGUGACACAUUAAAAUAAAUGUAAAAAUUUCAAUUUGAAAGACUAAAAUAGUAUUACUACACUUACAAUAAAUAAAUAAAUAAAUAAAUAUUCUAAAUUGUUUCCUUGCACAUAUUUUUAUUCCAUAGAAUUUCCCAGAAUGCAACACAAAAGCCAAAAGCCAUCGCCAUACUCACUACAUUCACUUACCAGAAAUGCUUUCAGUUUGCUACAGUAUAUUGCAUUCAUAAUGGUCAAAAAAGAGGGACAUGUUUAUCCUGUCAACUUUUAACAUUUUUAGAUACAUGUAUUUAGGUUCCAUGAUUAAAUAAAAGAUUAA